CGUCACCUUAGCGCAGCAACUCUUCCCACGGUUCCCGUCAGAGUUAACCAAUCGUUUUAACAGUGCCAUUCGGACCUGUAUGGCCCCAUCGACCGUCAUGUCAGCUUUGACUGCUGCUUUGAAAACUGAAGAUCUCUCUCCCCGUUCGGUUCUUGUCAACAGAGGGGAAAUGCAGACCAGUUUAAGUCCCACAGAUGAGACCAGCAAGCCCAAAGUCGCUAUUCUGCCCUUUAGCGUCGAAGCGCUGAUGGCUGAUAAGAAGCCCAGCAGAGAAGUGCCGUCUCCGGAUGCCUCUGCGGGGACGUCCCAAGUGCUGGGAAAGGGGACACGGAUCGGUUCUUUUGGUGGUCUGGAUACUUCGGUUCCUGCUUUGCCCAUGAGCUCGUCGUUUUCAGUGGGCGAGAUCAUGAAUAUGUCAGAGGACGUGCUGAUUAAACCCGAGAGUCCAGAUAGUAAAGAGAGAAAUUCGUGGAUACAGAGCCCACGUUUUUCUCCCACACCUCCAAGACGGUUGAGUCCUCCCGCCUGCCCCCUGCGUAAACACAAGACGAACAGAAAGCCCCGAACCCCCUUCACGACGUCCCAGCUCCUCGCCCUGGAGAGGAAGUUCCGCCAGAAACAGUACCUUUCCAUUGCCGAGCGCGCAGAGUUCUCUAGCUCCCUCAACUUAACGGAGACCCAGGUUAAAAUCUGGUUUCAGAACAGAAGAGCCAAAGCCAAGCGUCUGCAGGAGGCAGAGCUUGAAAAACUGAAAAUGGCAGCCAAGCCAAUGCUGCCUCCAGCCUUCGGGAUUUCAUUUCCUCUCGGUGCGCACGUCCCCGCGUCCUAUGCGGGGUCGCACCCAUUCCAGAGGCACUCACUGCCGGUGUCUCCGGUGGGACUGUACGCCGCUCACAUGGGAUACAGUAUGUACCACCUCGCUUGACAGAGACGCAGGAUGAGGGGUCGCGCACAGUGGGGCACAAGGACUAUUCUGUGAAGGCUCCGUCAGAGGACGGACCCUUUGAACUGGUGAAUUGACACUUAACUAAAGAAGCAUCCCAGAGGGGAGCUCAGUGUCACAUCUGGUCAGGGGGCCAAGGACUCCUAAUCGAUCCCCUUCUGAGGACCUUGAAGUUUAUCCACUUCUCUUGACCUCGCCAGUAAGUUCACACACUGCAAAAAUAAUCCAGUUUUGUUAGUCAUUUAAUCUAAAGUCUUAAAUAUGGAACCUAAAUAAAUAGUCUUACUUUAGAGAAAUAUGAAGAUAGUGAGACUAAAUGACUCUAAGAUGGACAUUUUUGCGGUGCGGAGGAGCAACUUGUAGCGCAUUGAUAUAUCAUGAAUGAAGAGUGAAGUGUUGACUGUAAACAGUGUGUCCCAGACUGCCCACUUCUUUACGGCUGACUGCAGGUGAAAGUAACAGGACUCAUUUAAGAGACAUUGCAACAACAAAUGUCUAGGUUAGAUUUUAAGGGCAUCGAUGGGCCGCUGUCAUAAUACAGAAUCCACACACACUCUCUCUUUUUUCCCCCUUUUUCUUUUUGGCAUUCAUAUCAAUGCACAACCAUUGUGGGUUAUUAAACCCAAUUUUAAGUGUGUCCUCUGUGAAUUUAGAGAAAUACAGCAUUUGUUUUUAUAACAGCAGUGUCUGUUGUCGGAUUGAUUCCCUUCGGAAGGGAAAUGUGUACUGUAAAAUAAUGUAUAUUUGAAAAAUAUCCUCAUUUAUAUUAUGAAUAUAUUUGUGACAUAACUUAACAAUAAAUUGUUUUAUUCUUUUUCA